AUGGCUUCUCUGAUGGGAAAGCAAAGAAAAGAAGGGAUAUGCGUUGCAAAGUGCAGAAAUGUUAUGCCAAACAAGCUUCUUUGCUCAAAACACUUUGCAUCGUCUUCUUUUGACCUAACUGAGCAAGCUAGAUGACUUAGAAUAGAUGCAGUUCCAAUGACUGAGAUAGCAAGAUUGAGAACAAGAAUGAAGAAUUACAUUCAAAAAGAAAGUGUAGCUAUACAGUGAUGGAUAGAAAUGACUUGCUUCAUCAGAAACUUAGAUCACAUUUCACCAAGAAACUUACCUGAGCAAAUUAUAUCAAAAGCCUUCAGAAAUCUUGCUUUGGAUGAGUCCAAAAAUAUUUUACUGAAGAAAAGAAACAUUUAUAAAAGCUUUUCAAAACUGAAAAUAUACUGUAAUCUUAACUAUGAUACUUAUUUAUCCUGAGUUAAUGCUGAAAAUGAAUCACCCACAUUAAUAUGCUCUCAGGUAUUCACGCAGUGAUGAGAAAAAAAUUAGUUCUUACGACUGCUCAUGUAUUCAAUACCUAUCAGCUACUAAUAAAAACUUCUAUAAAAUC